AUGAAAAAGAAAAAGAAUAGAAAUAUUAAAAAGACACCAUUUGUAGAACCUGGUACUGAAGUAGCUGGUGUAAAUGAUGAACACAAUUACCAAUACAACUAUGGUAAUGUUAUCGAAGUAAAGGGUGUUGAUAUAAAGAAGAAUUGGACUGAAGCUACUUUGGGACAAUACUUCAAGGACGCUGGUUUUGUUAAAGGUUCAGGUAACACUCCAAGAAACAAAGCAGAGAUUACACCUUUUUUCAUUAAAUUUGCAUCAAAGUUAAUGUCAAUGCUACAAAAAGAAGAUGGUAAAGUACUAUGUCUGGAACUAACAGGCAAUGGAAUGAAGGACUUUGACAACGCAUUCAACUUGAUUGGAUUGGAGCAACUCUUACAUCCAGGUAUGCCACCAUCCUACAAGAGAAUGGCAACUUUUCUAGUAGUUUCAGCUUAUGUAAUGGGUCUACCUGGCUUUGGAAGGGGAUCACUUCCCAAUAUUAUCAAAGAUACCCUUGUUCUCGAGAUGAACCGAGAGAUACCAAGAAACUAUCCAGACCUUAUAAUCAAGAUACAGUAUACUUGGAAUAGAUACUAUGGUCUUGCCGAACAACACAGAUUGGUUCAAUGGGACACGCAGAAGUUGGCAGUAUUCCUACAAGGCAACAGUAUCAGACAAUACAGCACCACAAGGUAUCCACGCACUCAAAGAAGGGUUGAUCGUAUCAUUGCUCUGUCUCAUUUGGUAAUCUGUCUCAUCAUCAAGUAUGAAAAGAUCAAUCCAAAAGAUGUAAUGAUCAAAGACGAGUCUGUUGAAUCGGCAAUUGAUAAUAUGGGUAGGUUAGCCAUCCGAUAUUGGAAUUCACGACAACACUAUGCCUUUUUUAUGAAGAAUUACACUCUUGCUGUAUCACUUAUCGCAUUUCAAACUGGUAUCUCCCAUUUUGUCUAUCCUCCAUUGAUCGAUGGAUACCUCAAGCAAGAGAUACUUAACAACUUGGAAUUUCCCCACUUACGUAUGGAUGAUGGUGAUAUUAAUGAAUGUUUCCAUGAUAUUUAUUACUAUCUAAAUGAAAAGAAGAAGAAGAAAAAGAAAAAGAAAAAGACAGCAACAGUUUUAGUUGAUACUCAAAAGAAAUGGAAUGAAGCUACAGUUGGACAAUACUUGAAUAAUGCUGGUUUUAUUAGAGGUUCAGGAAACACUGCAAGUAACAAGGCAGAGAUUACACCAUUCUACAUUAAAUUUGCAUCAAAAUUGUUGUCCAUUCACUUGGAUAAUUAUGAAGAGAUGUUGUUAUUGGGCAAAUCGUUGGAGGAGAUUCGUAAUCAACCGGUCAAAGUGGCACUAGACUUUAUGGGUCGCAUGGUAUUAAAAUACUGGGAUUUGGAGGAGCCUUGGACUUUUGAAUUGAGAAUCUACACUCUUGUCACCACACUUGCCGCAUUUGAGAAAGAAUGUACCCAUUAUCAAGUCGGUACUACAAAUGAUAUUGAAGGUAUCUUUGGAACUCUUGCAAACAUCGUUAGAGAAAAAUAA